CCAGACUCUGUUCUCCGCUUGUUUCUGUCGCUUUGUUUGUCUUGCUCGGUUCCGAUGCGUCUGUGUGGAGCUUAGAGUGAAUAUCUGUGGGCUUGGUUUUGUUGUUUUUCCGGUGGCUUUUUGUUGUCAACGUCGUCUGGUGGGGGAGAUUCUAAUUUGUAAAGGAUGGUUCGUGGUGUUAUGAGGUUUUUCUGAUACAUGGGAAUUUAGUUGGAAAGGUUCCCUUCUUGCAACAUGGGACUCGGUCCUGAUGCUAUCCAGGUGGGGGCUUGGAAUGUGGGGAAAUCAAGCAGAAAGAAGAAGGAUUGUGAAGCUGAGGGGCCUGGGUUGUGGAUUAAGUUUGGGCUUAUGGGAAGCUGUUUAUCUGCAAGGUCCAAAGUGGAUGGUUCCGUAAGUGGCACUAGCUCUCAAUCUAAGAGUAAAUCUACAAAUAAUACCAUCAGGGACCAACCAGUUAUUCCAGUUGUGUUGUCUUCAACCACUAGCACUGCUGAAAGCACUCCAUCCACUCCAAAUGUAAGUGAGGAACUGAAAGUUGCUUCUCAGCUUUGGAAAUUUUCCUUUAAUGAGCCCAAGUCAGCAACAAGGAAUUUUAGACUCGAGUCUUCUUGGGCAGGGAGGGUUUGGUUGUGUUUUCAAAGGUUGGAUCAAUGAGAAUGGAAUUGCUCCUGUGAAAGCUGGUACAGGAUUGUCUGUUGCUGUCAAAACCCUCGACCAUGAUGGACUUCAGGGUCAUAAAGAAGGGCUUGCUGAAGUUACUUACCUCGGUGAUCUCUUGCAUCCUAAUUUGGUCAAGUUGAUUGGUUACUGCACUGAGGAGGAUCAAAGGCUCCUGGUCUAUGAGUUGAUGCCUCAAGGGAGCUUGGAGAAUCACUUGUUUUGAAAAUCUCUUCCUUUACCCUGGUCCAUCAGAAUGAAAAUUGCUCUUGGUG